CGCAUUGUCUGUCACUCAGCUGAGGCACACAGUAAGCUCAAGAAGUCCUGAAACCAGCACUAGCAGAAGAACCAGCAGCAACUCUUAGAGAAAUCAGCCAGCAUCCCUUCUCAAUUGAAGCAGAGCACCAUGGCAGGCAGUACUGUCCUUCACUUGGGCUUCCUUCUGACGCUCGCAGGAAUUCUCCUCUUCGCAUGCAGUUCCGCACAAAGAGUUAGAGUAAGAAGACAAAAUAUGAAGGUUCGCAUCAAUGCCACCGGAGAUACAAUUGUUUUGAAGUUUGUUCGACCCAACCCUGAUGUCAAACUUGAAGGCUACAUCUUAGGCUAUGGCUCCAGCAUGUUCUCCAAACAGUUCAUCCAGCUUCCAGAAAACGGAGAACCCUAUGAGACAGAGAUUGAUGCCGAGCCUAAGUACCUUGUGGCUGUUCAGCCAAUGCCAACCAAUGAUGUGAAGAAGCACUGCACAGGUAAAGUGAACCUGGAGAAACCUCUUCACCUGGUGAUUGAUUCUGUCACACCAACAUCUGUGCUUUUAUCCUGGGGAACCUACUUAAAGACACCCUAUGAGGGAAACAUCAUGAACGACUGCUUGGAGGAAGGGCACUACACCAUACGCUACAGAGAAAGAAACAGGAAGUGGAUCUACCAGACCUGCUCCACCUCUGAUACCGUGAUUGACAACCUCAAGCCCAACACACCCUAUGAAUUUGGUGUCCGACCCAACAAAGAUGACCGAAGUGGAAUGUGGAGUAAGCCAGUGAUCCACAACACUAACAUGGGAGAUAAAAUCAUGCAGAUAAACUACAAGCACAACAGACCAAUUGCGAAACCUUUGGGUGGACCUCACAGCCCGUUCCCACUUCGACCUGUUCCCAACAACAUAAGCCACCCAGUGCCAUCCAAAAACACAGGCAUUUUUGGAGGUCCCAAGACAUCUUUUGCGCCUCCAAUGGGCCAGCAAGGAACUGUGGCUGCUCCAAGAGCCAAUGAGCCAAAAUGGCCUCAGCUCCCAUUGGAUACAGACAGUCAUGUUAGAAAUGACUCCUCUCAGCUGGUGGAGAUCCCCCGCAUCCUUCCCCAACUCCUACCCACUAAACCCUUCCGUUCUUCAGCUACCCCAACUCCCCAAUCCCUUACCAGCAGUACCCGGGCACCCCUACAUGGACAUCCUCAAAACAAGGCACCUAGUGCCACUCAGAUGCCACAUGGUUCCUCUGGUAAGAACAUCCGGGGAGACAUCUCUUCUCUUCCAUCCAAACCUGCCAAUUCAGUCCUAACAGUGACCACCAGGAACCAGACAUCACUGGGCAGAAACCCUUUCUCUUUCUCUAAUGGCAUGAGACAUUCUCCCCCCAGGCUUGGAGACCCCUCAAGAAGACAUGGGGCAAACGGUGAGCACCAUAAAGGACUUUCUUUCCCCAAACCAGCCAUCUGGUCCAGAGCAAGAAUGGGUUCUUCAGCAGGACGCCCGAAUAAUGCACUUAAAAACCCUAAUGUUGUGGGCAUGCAUGAAAGAAUAGGAAAAGAUAUGAAACCAGAUGUGAACCAGGACAAAGCUUCUAUCUUGAUGCCCAAGUUGCCCCCUGUUACAGCCAAACCAUCCAAACCAAAGACAACAUCUGCUCCAUCAGUGACAGCACCCAAGUAUGAGACCUGGGAGAACUCUUCAAGUUUCAGCCCUGUCCCUGCUUCUAAAGUUGAUGCCAUGGGCAAAGAGCGCUACAUUGCUCCACAUGUGGUCUACAAGACAGAUAAGAAGCCAGAUGAACCUUGCUCCAUCACCACCUCUCUAACUUACUUCCCCGAAGAGGAGGGUGGAGAACAAAAUGUCACCAAUCCUCCAAAAACAGCACCAUCCAACCUCACCGUUGUAACAGUAGAAGGAUGUCCCUCCUUCAUUAUUCUCGACUGGGAGAAAACAGAUAAUGAGACAACAGAGUAUGAGGUCAUCUCAACUACCAAAGGUCCUGAUGGUGAACAGGUUUCCAUUCUGACAACUAACCAGACACAUACCGCUGUGGAAAACCUCAAACCAGAGAGCAGUUAUGAAUUCAAAGUGAAGCCAAAGAAUGAGCUUGGUGAAGGGCCAUCCAGUGAACCUGUAUCCUUCAGCACAGAGUCUGCGGAUCCUCGAGUGAGCGAAAACGUUUCAGGUAAAGAUGCCAUUUGGACACAGUUCCCUUUCAAAACCGACUCCUAUUCUGAGUGCAAUGGGAAGCAGUAUGUGAAAAGGACAUGGUACCGCAAAUUUGUUGGUGUCCAACUCUGCAACUCCCUGCGGUACAAGAUCUACCUGAGUGACUCUCUCAACGGCAAAUUCCACAAUAUUGGAGACCAGACCGGUUUUGGUGAAGACCACUGCCAGUUUGUGGACUCAUUCUUAGAUGGCAGAACGGGAACUCAGCUUCCCGCAGACCAGCUACCAUCCAGACCAGGCUUCUAUCGGGCCAUGAGACAAGAGCCAGUUCAUUUCGGCCAGAUAGGUGGAAACUCCCAUGUCAACUAUGUCGCAUGGUACGAGUGUGGUACACCAAUACCAGGGAAAUGGUAGGACUAAAGCGAGCGUCCACAUGGAACCCUGAAGAGCAACUCUCAUUGGUUGGGGUUGGUGCCUACUAAGGUCACAUGACAGGCUUUUUUACUGUUUUCCCCCACCAGUGACGCUGAGUUUGGUCACUCCUCAGCCUACAUCACAGAAGUUCAUACCAUGUAUAAUAAUGUACAGGAUCAAAGAGUCAGGGAAUACUAUUGAGUGCAUCUGUGAUAUGUAAUAAAAACAAUGCCUCACCGAUUUAUUUAUCAUAUAAUAACUAGUAAAAAUGGUUCAUUAUGAGAAAUUACUUCAGAUACAUUGAAGUGAUGAACAUAAAGUGAGGUAAAAAUACUUGUUUAAAUAUUGGGAAGCUGGCUCCCUGAAACUAUUUUGAUAUUUUGUGUAAUAUUAUUUAUCAAAGUUUGUGGUUUCUUCACUGGCUUUCUUCCAGUGGUAAAGGGCCAGGCUUUUAUUAAGCGCUUUAAGGACAGCCUGGGAUUUGUCUACAACCAGAGGCAGCUGUAUUAAUUUAGGUCUCUGAUAUGUCAGAUGAUAUGUAUAGUUAGCUACAUUGUUUUUACAAACACAUCGUACUGGCUUUACAAGUCAGUUUUCCCACACUAGAAUAGAAAGAAUGGACUCAAGACAACAACACGUCUAUGUUUACAACGGGUUGGGAUGAACAUGAUCAUUUUCCUUGCACACACACACACAAAACAUGUCCACUUUCACUCAGAUACUUUGUAUCAUGACUGUAGUCUUUCAAUGGUAUGUUUGAUGGUUCUAGACUGUAAGGAUGACCUUACACUUGCAAUUUGCACAGCACAAAUGUAUUUAUAUGUAUAUGGAGAAAGUAUUUUUUCAGGAAACCUAAGAGAGAAUUAAAAAUCCUUUCCCCUCAAGCUUGUGAAAUACAAUACAAGUAAAAAAAAAUCUAGCUUUUUUGAGUGUUAACACAUUCAAAGAGUCUUGAAGAUACUUCAAGGAGAGCUUGUCUGGGUCCCAUAUUUUGUACAGUUUGGUCCCUGCCAAUCCUUUGGCAGAGUUUCUCUGGCGUAUCCGUAUUUUCAUGGAAUUUGUUUGUAAGAUGAAACUGUUGUUUGUUGUUGUUAUUGUUCUGGAUUUGUUUUUCUCUGUAUGUAUUUUACAGUAAUAAAUAACAGAAGUUUGGUUUCUUUUUUUAA